AUGAUCACCGCACGCAUCCUCUUCACGACCCUUCUGAGCGGCCUCCUCGCCUUCACAGCCACGUACGCUGCCGAGAACUACAUCGUCUCCGGCGAUCGGUGGCGCGACACCUCUGGCGCCUACAUCAACGCGCACGGUGCAGGACUUCUCUACUCUUCCUCCCUGUGGUACUGGGUGGGCGAGAACAAGAACUCAGGCAACGGGUUCCAGGGCUUCUCCCUCUACUCUUCCUCCGACCUGAUCAACUGGGACAGCCAUGGACUCAUUGUCCCACCCAACUCCUCUCUGCCUUUUCAAGUGGGCGAACGACCCAAGCUGAUCCAGAACCCGUCGACGGGCGAGUUCGUGCUGUGGUUCCACGCGGAUUCGUCCAACUACUCGCUGGCCAAGGUCGGUGUUUGUUAUGCGACCGAUGUGACAGGUCCCUACACGUGUCCCGAGGAAGGAGUGUUUAGUCCCCUUGGCAUGGAGAGUCGGGAUAUGAACGUCUAUGUUGAUCCAGCGAACGACGUGGGCUACCUGCUGUUUGCGACGAACAACAACGCCGAUACGGCCAUCGCCCGAAUGACAGAUGACUACAAGAACGUUACCUCGUUGAUCUCCACCAUCCACUCGCGACUCGAGGGCUUCGGUGUCUAUCGCAAGGACGGAUUGUACAACAUGGUCGUCUCCAACCAGUCGGGCUGGCAACCCAACGCCAACAGUCUCUACACCUCGACCGAUCUCGGAACCCAAACGCCGGUGUAUAGCAACUACAUCGCCCCGCAGUCGUACAACACUUGGAACAGUCAAAACACGUUUGAGAUCCAACCGAACGACAAACUCGAUGUCUACCUGGGCGAUCGGUGGUGGGUGACGAAUCUGGAAGAGAGCAGUUACGUCUGGUACCCCUUGGUCGAUCGACAACUCCUUCACCUUCCUUUGUGGAGACCCGACGCCGAUGCUGGUGCGGGAUACAGCGUUCCUGCGAACAAAACCUUCCCCCUCUCACCGUCCACCACGACGAUCGCGGGUAACAACACCCAAACCAAGUUCGCCGAGUGCUCCAUCUGCCCUUCUGGCCAAAUCGCCACCUACAUCGGAAACGGCUCAAGCUUCAACCUCAACCUCACCACCCCGAGCGGCAAUGCGGGGAACGUGUGGAUGAGCAUCUUCUACGCCAACCAGGACGCCUACCCAUCUUGGCGCUUCGGUGGGGUUGCUGUCAACGGCGGAGAUGUGCAGAACGUCACCUAUCCGACUGGAGGUAGCCCAGACGGCAUCUUGCAGGAUACCCCCGUCAAGGUGCACCUCCAGGCCGGGGAGAACAGCCUCACGCUCACCGGCGCACAGGAUGGCAGCUAUGCAGCCGACGUUAGCCACAUCAUUGUCUGGCAGAGUGACGAGUAG